AACCCAGUUCAAAGCUCCAUUAGAAAUUCAUUUGCGCGAAACCUCGCGCAUGCAAGCAUACCACCCCGGGCCUUGAACAUAAAGAGCAGUGCUGCACACUUUUUUCACUUGUGCAGGACAGCCACUGAACGACAAGAACAAAAGCGACUCGUGAAACUUGGACAAAUGCCUCGAUCCUGUGUAACAAUCCGUGAAACCGUGAAUGGAACAGCCGCUUUUCAAGGUCAAUCAGGCGGCAGUGCGCCAUUUGACUUUAAUUUACGUCGUCACGUCCAGACCGCAAGUCGCCGACUCUGGUCUUCGCUCGAGGACUGUUUUCUGAACAUGCGCGAGAUAGUCCAUUUUCAAGUUGGUCAAUGUGGAAAUCAAAUUGGUUCUAAGUUCUGGGAAGUUAUUUCUGAUGAACACGGAAUAGAUACAUCCGGUGCCUAUCAUGGCGAUUCUGAUUUACAGUUAGAACGCAUCAACGUGUACUACAAUGAAGCAUCAGGUGGACGGUACGUACCAAGGGCCAUACUCGUUGACCUGGAACCUGGUACAAUGGAUAGCGUCCGAGCGGGUCUGUUUGGACAACUCUUUCGCCCGGACAAUUUUGUUUUUGGUCAGAGUGGAGCCGGUAACAACUGGGCAAAAGGACACUACACAGAAGGCGCCGAGUUAGUUGACUCUGUUCUUGACGUUAUGCGGAAGGAAGCAGAGUCCUGUGACUGUCUCCAGGGUUUCCAACUCACUCAUUCGUUGGGAGGCGGCACUGGAUCUGGCAUGGGAACACUACUCAUCUCGAAAAUUCGAGAGGAAUAUCCCGACAGAAUUAUGAGCACGUUUUCUGUCGUCCCUUCCCCGAAGGUUUCCGACACAGUUGUUGAACCCUACAACGCUACUCUAUCGGUACACCAGUUGGUGGAGAAUACAGAUGAGACAUUUUGCAUCGACAAUGAAGCCUUGUAUGACAUAUGCUUCCGCACGUUGAAGUUAACAACGCCCACUUAUGGAGACUUGAACCAUCUGGUCAGUGCUACUAUGUCAGGUGUUACGACAUGUUUCCGUUUCCCUGGGCAGUUGAAUUGUGAUUUGCGCAAGCUAGCGGUGAACAUGGUACCGUUCCCACGACUUCACUUCUUCAUGACUGGAUUCGCUCCAUUGACCAGCCGGGGUAGCCAGCAGUACCGGGCCCUGUCGGUUCCUGAACUAACGCAGCAGAUGUUCGAUGCGAAAAAUAUGAUGGCUGCUUGCGAUCCGCGCCACGGAAAGUACUUGACAGUAGCUGCUAUAUUCCGCGGUCGCAUGUCAAUGAAGGAGGUGGACGAACAAAUGUUAAAUGUACAGAACAAGAAUUCUAGCUAUUUCGUCGAGUGGAUUCCUAACAAUGUAAAGACGGCUGUUUGCGAUAUUCCUCCACGCGGCUUGAAGAUGUCGGUUACGUUUAUAGGAAACAACACUGCGAUUCAGGAGUUGUUCAAGCGGGUGUCCGAGCAGUUCACUGCCAUGUUUCGUCGCAAGGCUUUCUUGCAUUGGUACACGGGUGAAGGUAUGGACGAGAUGGAGUUUACGGAAGCUGAAUCUAACAUGAAUGAUUUAGUAAGUGAGUAUCAGCAAUAUCAGGAUGCUACCGCAGAGGAGGAGGGAGAAUUUGAAGAGCAAGAUGAAACUUGA